AUGGCGUCUCUCGAUCAGGUUCAAUCAGUGGAGUCCAUCAUUCUACACAGCUUCACCAACAAAGAUUACCCUCGUCAAGCCCUGACUGCUGCAGGUGUGGAAAAUUACAAUCAUGAGGGUAAUAGACAGCUAGCACAGGUUGGUGCCGCGUGGGUUGACACGGUACUCAAUAUAGUUUUCAUGCGCAUGGGUAUAAACAAAGAGCAUAAGGCAAAGUUGAAACUGGAGCUUACCAAGAGGGACCACCUUGUUCUUGCUGCUAAGCGAAGUGGCAUCAGCAAGUAUAUCACGUACUCUUGCCGAUCGGGGUUCGAAUCAACGGCCGUGCUCCGCAAUACAAUAAAUGCAAUCAUUGCAGCUGUUCUUCUAGAUACUAAUGGGAGUAUUUCAGUGACACUAUUUGUUCUGUCGCGCAUCUUCAUGACGCCUGAUAUCCAAUAUCUCGAAACUGGCUCAGAGACAAUUGUGGAAGCUGUAUCUGCUGUCACAAACGCUGCCCUGACUGCGGGAAUCCACUUUUCUGGUGUACUGACCCCCCCAGCCAUCGAGUCUUUACCAAUUAAUCUACCAUCACAAACCGUGGCCGACCUAGAACAGCGUCAUAUGCUUAUUUCUCCUGUCCAUACCAGCCUGUAUGCUCCGGUACCUCCAUUGUUUGGAUGUAGUGAUCCUCUUGGAACGAUACAAAACGAUCCGGGGAUAUCGAUAAACAUCUCGACCUCAGGUGUCACAAGUGAGCCCAAUAUCUUACCCAACUUUCACCAGCAGCCUCAAUACCACGAUCAUGUCUUCCAGAUAAACCCUCUCCCUGAUGGUAGCAUAGUUGAAGAGUUUCCAAGUGUUAGCAUCGACCCUUCGAGUGUACCUGAUCACGCUACAUUUCCAGUACCGUCUGUCAUCCCAUCCGAAGCGCCGCGCUCAAGUACCACUACUCCUAAGAGGCCUAGUGAGACCGAAAGAAACGACAAACAAAAGAUCAAGCGUGUAAAAGGUACACAAUUCUUUCAUCUUGAUCCUGAGCUCAAAGAGUUCCUAGCCAACGAGAAGACGAAAUGUGAACAGCAAUGCUUGCCGCUUCCAGAGGCCACAUACUUUACGCCCGAGAUUCAGGAACACUUGAUGAAUCCGAAGAAGAAGUUGUGUCGGAUGAUACAAAGGGCAAGAAAGGAUGACAAUUUUCGAUCAUGUUGUCUACGAGACAUUAUCCCUAGCCAAAGACUGCAUUUGAUUGAGCGCCUAGAACAAGAGGCUGGCAUCAUUCAGAUUAUGAGAUGGUACCAUAUUCUUGAAAUGUUCCGAGAUUGUGGCGGUCAUGAAACUGUCUCUAGUGCUGGCUAUGUUCAUUACACAGCGGAUACGCUCCCGAAAGCUCGGAAGACUAUGGGAAAUCCGAGAAAUAUGGACGAGCAUAAGGUCACCCAAGCCUUGAUGGCGGAGAUCUUUCCAGAUUUGAAACCGGAUACAGAGUAUUAUGGAAGCCAACUAAAAAGGUUCAACCGGCUACGGAGAGUCGGCAAGCGUCUUCACAUAUUGACAGAUACCUUCGGCGAGGGAAUUCUCGGGCUUAUUUUGGACAACACAUUAGAUGGUCGGCUUGAUCCCUGUGUGUCAGAUGUCAUGUUCUGGAAGCCCACGGAAAAGGAGUUCCGUCUCUUUAUCCAACUUCUCGACAAGUCGCAAGGCGACCUUCUCCGUAAAUUCAGCGAGCCCGUUUGGGCCAUUCUAGAGCCCGUUCUUUGCUGUAGGCUGGCGGAAAUGGGGAUAUUUCAAAUAGAGCAAAUGUGCCCCGAAGAUAUUUUAAGGUAUCCUAAGGGCGCUCCGGGGCUAUUGGCUUGUAUUCGGUGA